CCACUCAUGCAAUGCAACACACACACAUGCAUGCAUGUACAUACAUCGCUAUCCAAUAUCAUUUUCACUUUAAUUAAUAUCUUGGAAGUUGGAAAAAAAAGUAGCUAGCGUCUAUACAUACAUCCAUGGUGAUGUCUUCUCUCUCACCCUAGCUAGCUCUCUCUGUCGCUCCAACGACGACGACGACGUCCAUUAUUGCAACUACAUUCCCACUACUGAUCCAUCCAUCGCUUGUUAUUUUGUCUGCUUGUCCUAGCUAUAUAUAUAGUCUGGUUGCCGGGGCCGGCCUUAUUCCCAUACACAUAUCAUCGUCUUUGGCGGUCGAGAUUCACCUAUAGCUAGCUGGAGUCCAGCAGCAGCAACAUGGUAGGAGGAGCGGGAGGAGAAGUCAUCGGGGGCGGCGGCUGCAGCGGCGAGGUCGUGGUGGUGGUCGUCGGCCGGGCCGAGAUCGACACCAGGGCACCGUUCCGAUCGGUCAAGGAGGCCGUGGCCCUCUUCGGCGAGAGGGUCCUCGCCGGGGAGCUCUCCGCUGGACGACGAGGACCACUCUCCUCCGUCACCGAGCCUACCCGAUCAUCGAUUGCACAGAAUCGAAUGGCGGCAACAAGACCCAAGCACCACGCCAUGAGUCCUGCCACCGGCGCGGUCACCACGGCUGCGCUGCGCGCCGUGCCACCGGUAGUCGUCACAGCGGGUCAGCUGGAGGAGGCUAAGCAGAAACUGGAGAAGGAGCGGGAGGAGAAGCAGAAGAUGGCCGGGUGCAUCCAGACCCUGCAAGAGGAGCUCAGCCACGCCAUGGAGGAACUUAAGAGGCUCAAGGCGCGGGACGACGAGGAGGCCGCCGGAACCAAGGUCAUCGACCUGGAGAUCGACGAGGGCCUCUACUUUACCGAGGCCGCCGAAAAGCAAAUGGCGCCGCCGCCACAGGGCGCUGCCGGCGGAGCAGGCGAGCUCCAGAAGAAGAGGUACGUGACGUUCGCUGACCCGCCGACGGUCGCCACCACCGCCGCCGCCGCGUGCCGGGCGCCACCGUUGCCGGACGUGGUGAUGGAGGUGCACCGCGCGCCAACCCACCAGCUCCACCAGCCGCACCCGCAUUACUACCGGGAGCCGCGGUUCCAGAGGCAGAUGUCGGCCGGGCACGAGGCCGCCAAGGCGAUGGCGGAUGAGGGAAGGAAGAAGAAGAAGCCGCUCAUCCCGCUCGUGGGCGCGCUCUUCAUGCGGAGGAAGAAGAGCAGCAAAAGUUGCCACGACGACGUGGCGUUUUGAUCCAUCAAUACAUGCAUACGUAUAUGCAUGCAUCCACGGAGUGAUGGAGGUGCUUUUAUUUUAAUUUUUUUAAUAUAUAUGUCUAGAUAAUGGAAUGCGCACUGAUAAUGCAUGGAUCUUUGCAAAAUAAAUAAAUAUAUCCAAUACACAAAUAUAUCA